GACGGUGACUCCGACCACUUCUGCUGGCAGCGGCCGGAGGAGAUGACGACGAGCCGUCAGGCGUACCGCCUCGACCCCCAGCGCCCGGGCUCCGACCUCGCCGGAGAGACCGCCGCCGCAAUGGCCGCAGCGUCGCUCGUGUUCCGCCGCUCCAACCCGGGAUACGCGAACCUGCUCCUGCAACACUCCAAGCAGCUGUUUGACUUCGCCGACAAGUACCGGGGAAGGUACGACGCCAGCAUCCCUUUGGCGAGGAACUAUUACCAGUCAGUCAGCGGAUACAGCGACGAGCUGCUGUGGGCGGCGGCGUGGCUAUUCCAGGCGACCGACGACCGGCGCUACCUGGACUACCUUGCUAACAACGCCGACGCGAUGGGCGGCACGGGCUGGUCCACCGCCAUGUUUAGCUGGGACAUCAAGUACGCCGGUGUGCAGGUCCUCGCCGCCAAGAUCCUACUGCAAGGCAGAGCCGGCAGGCACGCAGCCGUGCUGCAGCGGUACCGGCAGAAGGCCGACUUCUUCGUGUGCGCGACCCUCGGCAAGCAGGGCUACGGCAACGUCAAGCGGACGCCCGGCGGCCUCUUGUAUCACCAGCAGUGGAACAACCUCCAGUACGUGACCAGCGGGUCGUUCCUCCUGGCCGCCUACUCAGACAGCCUCGCCGCCGCCCGGCAGGCCGCCGUGUGGUGCCCGGCCGGGGCGGCGUCGCCCGCGCAGAUCAUGGCGUUCGCCAAGUCCCAGGUGGACUACGUCCUGGGGAGCAACCCGAGGGCGACGAGCUACAUGGUCGGGUACGGCUUCAUUUACCCGCUGGAGGCGCACCACCGCGGCGCGUCCAUCGUGUCCUUCAAGUCCAACCCGUCGUUCGUGGCCUGCAAGGCCGGGUACGCGAUCUGGUAUCCCCGCAAGUCCAGCAACCCGAACCUGCUCGAGGGCGCCAUCGUUGGCGGGCCGGACGAGUUCGACAACUUCGUCGACGACAGGAACAACUACAAGCAGACCGAGGCGCCCACCUACAACAACGCGCCGUUCAUGGGCGUGCUCGCUCGGCUCGCCGCCGGCCGCCGGUUUGAUCAGUCAAUUCCAGAUGGGCUUGACAACCAGACCUCAGUAGUGCCAUCUCUUUCUGCUGCGGCCGAUCAAGGUGAGCACGCGUCACCGAUCGUGAUCGAGCAGAACGCGACGGCGUCAUGGACGGAGAAGGGCCGGACGUACCACCGGUACGCGGUGACGGUGACCAACAGGUCGGUGAACAAGACGGUGCACGAGCUGUACCUCGGCAUCGCCGAGCUCUACGGCCCGGUGACGGGGCUCGACAAGAAUCGGUAUGGCCACCUGCUCCCGGACACGGCCCCGUCGGUGCCCGCCGGCGGGAGCGUCACGUUCGAGUACGCGCACGCCGCGCCGCCGGCAAACGUCUGGGUCACCGGCUACAAGCUCGUCUGAACUGAAACCAAUGCUAGCCAGUUUGUCAGGUUACAAUUACAAUAGGGAAGUUGGAGUGAUGGGUCUAGUGACAAUCUCUCAGUCAUCCUCCAUAUUCCGUUAUAAUGAGCUAAACUAUGCUAGGAGUAACUAGUGGCUGCGUGUUAUCGUGGUUGAAAAUGUAAGAGGAAUGGUGUUGUUGCGCUAUAAAGUAUAAACGAAUUGGAUUAUAAUUAA